GCGCUUGUGACGUGCGGGGACUGCGGUGGGCCCGGGUGCUGCGGCAGCCGCAGCGCCCGCCGCGGCUCGAGCUCAGGCUCCCCGGCAUUUAAAGGGAACGCAGCGGCGGACCCGGGGAUGGGGGCAGGUGGAAGGGACGGAGCAGAAGCACAUCAUCCACAGUCCCUCGGGGCUGGAGGGACGCGUGAGCCGGAGCUCAGAGAUCCGGGGGUGGAUAAGACCGCGUCCCCCCCAAUUCCCGAGCUCUAGAUGACAGCUGGAGACCAACAAACUUUCUAGAGGUGGUACUCAGCAUCCUGUGUUGACAAUGAGCGGGUGUUUUCCAGUUGUUGGUCUACGGUGCCUAUCUAGGGUCUUGGAUGUGCCAGCGACCCUGGCCGUGGCCCGCUAACCAGCCUCUCCCUGGCCGGCUCCCGCCGCGCCGCCUCUCGCUUGCCUUCUCCUCCUGCUCCUCUUCCCCCUGCUCCCAGGACGGCAGGAUGGCUGCGCCGGGAGCGCCCCGCUUCCUCCUGACCUUCGACUUCGACGAGACCAUCAUAGACGAAAACAGCGACGACUCGAUCGUGCGCGCCGCGCCAGGCCAGCAGCUGCCCGAGAGCCUGCGUGCCACCUACCGCGAGGGCUACUACAAUGAGUACAUGCAACGCGUCUUCAAGUACCUGGGCGAGCAGGGCGUGCGGCCCCGGGACCUGCGCGCUGUCUAUGAGACCAUCCCCCUGUCGCCGGGCAUGGGCGAGCUGCUGCAGUUCGUAGCCAAGCAGGGCUCCUGCUUCGAGGUCAUUCUCAUUUCCGAUGCCAACACCUUCGGGGUGGAGUGCGCCCUGCGCGCCGCCGGCCACCACAGCUUGUUCCGCCGCAUCCUCAGCAACCCGUCGGGGCCCGACUCGCGGGGACUGCUGACGCUGAGGCCCUUCCACACGCACAGCUGCUCGCGCUGCCCCGCCAACAUGUGCAAACACAAGGUGCUCAGCGAGUACUUGCGAGAGCGGGCCCACGAGGGCGUGCACUUCGAACGCCUCUUCUACGUGGGGGACGGUGCGAACGACUUCUGCCCCAUGGGGCUCCUGGCGGGCGGGGACGUGGCCUUUCCGCGCCACGGCUACCCCAUGCACCGCCUCAUCCAGGAGGCACAGAAGGCCGAGCCCAGCUCCUUCCGCGCCCACGUGGUGCCCUGGGAAACAGCCACCGAGGUGCGCCAACAUCUCCAGCAGGUGCUGAAGACGUGUUGAAAGACCACCGCCAGCAAGGGGGUUGCGGGGGGGGGGGGGCGAGAACCGUCGGAGGAGGAGGGGCAGGACUGGAGAUGGCCUGGGAGCGACUGGUUUUUGACUCCGCCCUCUUCCCUGCUUUGCCACGCCCCGCCCCGCCCCGGGCGUCCCUGGAAUUCCCGUCCGCCCGUAGGCCCGGAGCGGAGAGUCUUGAGCUGUGCCCUAUCUAUGCAGUUAAACGAAGCGGUGGGCACCCCUUGGAAGGCAGGCAGUGCCCCUGAGCCGAGAGGAAGGGGGCUCCUGGCAGUUGGGAGAAGGAACACCUCCCGCUACUUUUACCUGCUGCUCCCGGCUGCGUGACCUCCCCCACCCAGUCUCCCUUGCAAACGGACUCAGGACCCCCCUCCCCCAAUCCGCAUGUCAGCACGGACUUCCUCGCCUAGACCUACGAUGCUCAGGAGACCGCUCUGGGCGGGCUUGAUCUUGCUUCAGCCACCGCCGCCCUACACUCUCCGCUGCGCCUCGCUCCCUCCCCGCCCACGCCAGACACCCCCAAAGGAAGAAAAAGCCAGAAGGAACAACCACCUCGUGCUGGUGGAACGAGGUCGAACCCAACCAGUGACCUCGGAGAGAGACAGGUCCUCUCCAGCCUCAUCUACCGCAGCAAGAGACCAGGGACUCCACCAAAGUCCUCCUCCGAAUCCCCCUGCCCCCUUCCGCCUUUAUGGAACAGAAAGCCAUGUUUUUAAGCAGAGCCAGGGAAACCCAAGCCCCUUCCCCCUCUAGUGUUUCAGACCUAUAAAGGAGGUGAAGGGGGAACAAAACGGCUCUUCGUCAGUUGCGCCACAGUGGGAGGGAGAGGUGCUCUUUGCUCUUCCGGGGUAGGGGAGGCCUGACAAGCCCAGACCGAACAUAAGCGAGAGGCAGAAGGCAAAGGAUGCGGCGGAUGGCUGCCUGUGACUGGCAGG